AUGCAAAUGCCUAGCACUGCAUCUCCUAAGAAGACGCCACCUGGAGUAGAAGAAACAAGUGUGGAAGAAUAUGCUUCUCAGGUUAAGUUACUUAAAGAAUUUACUGAUAUUCCGAGCAUUGACAGAGCAUGGACCAUAAAGUCUGGCGAUGGUAUGAUCUUUUAUGGUUUUUUUCGUUAUUUUUGAAUUUAUUGUGGUGAUGAUGGAUUCCCAUAUGCACUGUGUUUUCUUUGCUUCCUGAUUGGAUGUUGUUAAUGGGAGAAGGUUCUGUUAGUUGAUUGGUUCGUUGUUUAUCCUCACCUAAAAUUUUUGUUUUCUUUGAGAACUCUGUGUUUGUAGGUGAUGGUUCUUGGGCUAUGUUUUCGAUUGGACAGCCUAAUCUCGUAGAAAACAGAAAGAGGACGUUCAUGUUAUCAUCUUACAUAUCAAAGAAGACAGACUCUUCUGUAAGCUCCCAUUGGUCACCCUUUCCUAUUGAGAUGUCAGGUGCAUCUGCCAUUAUUCCGUCACCAUCUGGGUCAAAGCUACUAGUCGUUAGGAACAAGGAAAAUGAUUCGCCAACAAUUCUUGAAAUUUGGGGUCCUUCUCAGUUGGAAAAGGAAUGGCAGAUUCCACGGACUGUACAUGGUUCAGUGUAUACUGAUGCAUGGUAAUUACAUUGAACAUUUCUAUUAUGAAAUUCUGUGAUGGUCCAUACAUUUGAAUUACCUUUCAUGAAAUUUUGGUGUAUUUGACUGUCUUUUUCAUAGGUUUGAAGGGAUUUCAUGGAAUCAAGAAGAAAAUAUGAUUGCCUAUGUUGCAGAAGAGGCAAGUCGACCAAGGCCAACCUUCAAUCAUUUAGGCUUCAAAAUAGAUGGAGCUUCUGAAAAAGAGUGUGGCAGCUGGAAAGGUCAAGGAGACUGGGAAGAAGACUGGGGUGAAACCUAUCCUGGGAAGCAGAAGCCUGCCCUUUUUGUCCUCGAUAUAAAUAGGUUUGUUAUUUAUUUUUUUGCGACCCAUGAUGCUUUUCUAGGAUGCAUAGUGGUGAGUUGAUGAGAUUAAACUAGCAUAAUCCAAUAUUUCUAUUUGUAGUGGGAAAGCUCAGGUUGUCAAGGGAAUUGACGAAUCUCUAAGUGCUGGUCAAGUUGUCUGGGCACCAUAUUCUUCAGAUUCCCCUGAAAAAUACCUGAUUUUUGUUGGCUGGACCCCAGAAAAUGCUCGAGAAAGAUCUUCAAGAAAGCUUGGUAUCAAGUACUGCAAUAAUAGGCCAUGUGCCCUAUAUGCAGUCCAGGCUCCUGCUCAAGAGUCAACUUCCAAUGAAUCAGAAAAGUACGUUUGCUUUCACAGGAUUGUUGCUUGUGUAACCUUCUAUUUUCUUCAUGUUAUUCUGAACACCAUUCUGAAUCAGGAGCUCCUUCUCUUAUAAUGUUUUAGUGCCAAUGCAACUGGUUGCGCAAUAACUGCGAUCAAAUUAACUGACAGACUGAACAGUGCUUUCUUUCCUCGAUUCAGGUAAUCCAUGCUGUUCUGGUCUUCAGGUCUCCAUUUCUUUCUUGCUGAAGUAUUUUGAUCUUGUAAUCGCCUUUGAUUCUUUGAUGCCACAUUAAACUGCAUAUUAUUCACUUUUACGGGGCUGUACUGAGAUCUGUGAAAAAUUGUGCCUUCAGGGGCUUAUCUUCUACGUUCUUCCAUUUGCUCUAUGGAGACUAGGAAUGAUUUUUCUGAUCCCUGUCCUUUAUUCUUUUUAUUUGGUCCUGCAAAAUGAAAGAGGUAACUUGUUGAUAUGAGGAAGUGAGGCUCUGGAUCACCAUUUCUCGUCAUUAGAGUUUUGCGAUCUAAAACCUAUGGUAUUUGAAAAUUUGAGCUAUAUUACUCAUAUUAGAUGCCUUGGUGCCAAGGUGAACUUAGAACAAAUUCCAUUUGCCUCUCUCGGCUACAUGAGAACCAAUCUUCUUGACCAGGUUUUUUCACUGAGUUUAGGUAUGUUGAGACCCUUUAACAUAGGCCGAGCUCAUUAUGGACGAAUGGGGUUGCGGAGAUAACAUUCUUACCCAUCUUUUGAUGUUCGCAUUUCCCCUUUUCUCAUGUCUACGCAGGAGUAGGACAUUUGAAACCUGCCUCCAACUUGGCAGCAGAUUGAGCCCAGUUAAAUACCAGAGAUCGUGAGUAAGCCAGGGUAACUCUGGUUGGCCGCCUGGUUUAGUUUAAUGUGCUUAGCCACAGCCUUGUGCACUAACCUUUUUGAGCUUUGAGAGGAGGUGCCAGCAAGGUCUACAAAUUCUGGUGAUCAUAUAAUGCAGUAGUUGUAAUCCUCAUCAGCUCACGCACCGCCUCUUUUGUUGUGACUGCCUUUUUUGUCCUUAAUGUUGACAUUGUUAUCUAUACCUUGUUGUAUUGGAUAAUCUUGUGAGGGUUUCUCAAUGUAUCAUAUUCAUUUUAUUUAUCCGUUUCUUGAGUUGGUCUACUGCUGCCUCUGCUGCUGCUAUGAUGUUAUGCUGCAAGAGUUGACGUUGAUGCUAAGGUUGCUGUCAGUGCUGCAUAUUUUGUGUUCCAAUUCCAUGCACUUUUUUUAAUGAUUUAUUCGACUUUUUCAUUGAUGUACCCUGUUGCAAGGUUGUGAUGUAGUGGGAACUACGAUCUGGAAUAAUUCAUCUAUUCCUCUGAUCAGCAAUCUGAGAUUGUUCCAAUUAAAUAUAAUUGUAUAGGAACUCUGAUCGAAUCUAAUGUGGAUAACUAGAGCUUGCGAUAUUGGUGAAAAUAUUUCUUUCAUUUUUUAGGGAAGAGAAAUAUAGAAAUUGUCGUUAUGAACUUUUUCACUGAGUUCUGUGCGGUGGCAUUCUAUUUUUUUAUUUUAAUCAUUAUUUUUUUAAUCUAAUACUAUUCCUUUUUCAUUCUUUGCUUGUUACAUAACGGCUUACCAUGUUGGAUCUGGGUAAUCACUUCCUAGAAAGCAAUUCAUUUAGAUUAAAUAUUCAAUAUCUGAAUUUUCCUCUGGCUGUCACAGGGUUAUCAUAUCUUACCCUUGAACUAUAAACGUACAAUUGUGGCUGAUCAUUGUUACAUUGAACAAUUUUUCAUAUAAUUUUUUCCUGCCUUAUUGUGUCUUAUUGAAACAAGAUAUUUUAACAUCAACUUUACUGUUAGUAGCCAUUAUUCGUUUUCUUUCUUCUUGCAAUGAUUUCCAUUUCGUUUGGGUUACCAGAUAAAUCUGCCAUCUUUGUAAUAUUAAUUGAUGUAGCCUCAGUGAACUGACUGACUGAAACGAUUCACGCAUGCAGUCCGGAUGGGAAGUAUCUUGUUUUUCUUUCCGCGAAAUCUGCUGUUGACAGUGGAGCACAUUCUGCUACUAAUUCGCUUCAUAGAAUGGAUUGGCCUGCUGAUGGAAAACCUUGUUCAUCGGGAAAUGUCAUUGAUGUGGUAACUUCCCGCUUCUCAUUGAAGACAAUUUAUUGAUGAGAUCGUCGUGAAAAUUUUGUAAAGUGCAUAUCUAUCACAACUUGUAUUUUUACUGAAGAUCUACCCCGAAAAACGUUCAUAAAGUAAUAACUCCCAGCUCUUUAAUUUUAGGUAUAAAUUUAUCCUUGUUUACUCUUCCCAUAUUUCUCUCAUUUCCACAUUAGAGUAAAAUUAGGAGUAUUGCUUUUUAUUGUACAACCACCGGCAAGCAUUCAUCUUGGAUGGAUUGCCUCCUGAACCUGUGCCCUGAGCAUAUUCUCUUGGGUCUGGAGGGUCUUGACUACACUUUAAUCUAAAGUGGACUAGCCGAAUGAAACAUUAGUCUGUACCCAUAACUUGCUGAAUUUUGGCGUAGAACUGGACCAUGAGUUUAGAAUUUUGGUCUGAACACUGCUGAAAUUUACAUAUGCAGGUGUAAAAUUUUAUAUUUGUAGAGUUGUGUGAGUAUGUCUGGGGAGCGAGCUGUUUAUAUUGGUACUCACUGAGCUGAGUGAAUCUGGCUGUCUAUGAGGCACCUGACAUCUAGUGUUUUGGUUUAUUACAGAAAUACACGCAACGAGCAAAGUUAAAGGCUAAAAUUAUAUCCGUUAUAAAUAAUUAUAGGACUCAUUUAUAAAUAGUUAUCUAUAUAAAAAUGAGGGGUGUUAUAGUGACAAUCGAAUACGAAAGAAGGAAAGACAAAAGUGAUGGAAUAGAUUAAACUGUUGUAGUUAGAAAACAAAAGAUGAUGUUCACAGCUUCUAGUGUAAGCCCUUCAAUAUCGAUUCCCGGGUUAUUUCGCUCGCAAAGAGUAUUUUUUUAUCAAAGACUUUGGCUACUUGGUCCUCAUGAUCUCUUCUUUGGAAAUGGUGAUAGGAGAUUUCUAAAUUUGGCAGAACUGUGUGGCCCAUUAUCAUCUGGGCCAUCUAAAUGAUGCCAGUUCUAAUCUUGGUUGAGAAGUCAAUUUAUAUGCCAAUCCUGAUCGUGAAAAUCUUCGUCACAUAUGAGAUAUCAGUUUGUUUGUCAUCCUUGGAUAGCUGGUACACUUCUUUAUCACUGAUAAUCAUGCCUGGCGUUUUUUAGUCUCAAACGCCUCCAGUGACUGCUCCCUGCUUUAUUAUAUUGAUUAAUGCUCUCGUACAUAUGUGCAUUCAGCAUUCUGGGUAUUGACUAACAGGGCUCUUUGUUUACUUAAGUUUAUAUUUUACAUAUCAAGUUCUGUGUUUGUACAGGUCCCUGUUGUGAUGUGUGCGGAGGAUGGCUGCUUCCCGGGAUUAUAUUGCCCAUUUUUUCUUAACGACCCGUGGCUUCCAGAUGGUCACACCAUGGUUUUGUGUUCCUACUGGGGUAGUAGGCAAGUUAUUCUUUCUGUAGACAUUUUAAGGUAAGCCGUGAUAUUUCUAUCAUUAACAAUGGUUAUGGUUUUGUGCGCAGGUUUAGGAUAAUUAAUCUUCUUUGUUUCUAUACAGUUACAAGCUAUCAAACAUCACUCCUGCUGAUUCCAACCAUUCAUGGAAUGUCCUUGCAGUUGAUGGUGGCAAGAUUCUUGCUGGUAUAUCCCCAGUUGGAUUCAUUUUAGUUUUUCUUUAAAAUAAAAAAUAGUCUAUUAUUAUCCUUUAGUUAAUGGAAAAUGGCAAGGUGGUAAAAUGAGAUUAAUAUUUUCUUUCAUUUUUCUCUUAAAGUGUGUAGCAGUCCCAUAGAUCCUCCUCAAAUCAAGUAUGGUUGUCCUGCGGAUCACUCAGGCGGGACCCUUAGUUGGAAUUGGCUUGAUAUCUCUAGCCCAUUCUUGCAACAUUCUGAGAAGGUCUCAGGAGCACUUUUCUUUAUGAGUUCACGGCUAAUAUGCUAUUAUCUGUCGAAGCAUAGAGUUGAUGACUUUUUUUGCAUCAGGUCAGAAAUAUGCUAUCAAUGCAUCAAUUCAGCAUAAUGAAGAUACCGAUUGGCAAUUCGGAUACUCUUCCAAAAGGUUGGCUGGCCAUUAGCGUCUUUCUGCGACAUGUCUGCUUCAAAACCGGUCAUGUAAUUUAUGUAGUUUAUAUUCUAUUCGAGUGUACAUAAAUGCAUGGUUUCUGACUAGGUGUCGAUAUGUUUAUUAGCAGAUGAACUCAUGCAUUGUAUUUAUAUUAUGAUACACUCCAGGGGAUAAUGCCGAUGAUUCUCAUUUUUAGUACCUAGAGAUCACAUGAAAAGUUAUAUGUAUUUCAGCCUGCUUCAGUUAUAGUUUCCUGCACAAUCUAACAACGUGAAAAUUCGAGUCUUUAUUUUUUUGCCCACGGUUGACUGCAGGUGCGCAGUUACCUAUGGAAGCUAUUUUUGUGUCUUCUUCGAACUCUCAGUCUAAGGAGCCAUUCCAAGUGAAUCAGAAGAGUGGCUCACUGAACCCAUUAAUCGUGGUCAUUCAUGGUGGCCCACAUUCAGUCUCGUUGACAAGCUAUUCGAAAUCUCUUGCCUUUCUUGCCUCUCUGGGCUUCAAUUUGCUCAUUGUAAAUUAUAGGUUCGUCUCCGAACUUUUUCUUUAUCUUUCUAGCAAGCUACCUUUUAUCUUUCGAACUCUUUAAUAUUUGUCUCAUACCAUCACUAUGAUAGUUGGGUCUGUAACUAGCGUGCAAUUCUAUUUAAGAGAACCAACGUGCUAUUAUUUUGUAUUUCAACAUAGCAUAAGCAAAAAUGGACCCAGAUGACUACAGAGAAUGUUUUAUGAUGCUGGUCAAUUUACUGUAUGGUUCAAAAUUACACUCUUAAAGUUACAAUAGACAAAAUUGUAACAUCCUGUUGAACACCUCGCGUUGGUGCUCCUUUAUUUUUAUUCAAAAUUUAUUCUGUUACCAGAGAAGAGUGGAGAGCGCUGAGGAAGAAGAUGGAAUAGAAAUAUGGAAGAGAACUCAACCAAGAAAAAACAAUCCCUCUUUGCCCCACUCGACAAAACAACAAUCCCUUCCCCCCAAGAAAAAGACUAAAGGAAACCACUUGCUAGCAGAAAUUAGAGGAAGAACAGAAAAUGAGAGUGCAAAAGAAGAGAAGGGAAAAAUGAGUUCACAUCUCUGUAUCACCCAUUCCCCUCCUUUGUGUUAUCAUUAAAACUAGAAUCAAUAGGCAGGAAAGGUGGGGUAUUUUGCUAACUAAUCAAACCUAUCAUGCAAUUACCUUUUUCGUUGGAAGUAUCUGUAGUAUUACCUUAAAAAUUUCAAAAUAUUUUAUCUGAACUGGUCCUCUCCUAAUCUCAGGCUAUUUUUUUGGCUGUGAUAAGUAGGAUAAAGAAGAACGAGUAAUAGAAGGGGUGUGAAUGGGGUGAGUACUUAUCUUUUAUUGGAAUCUUAAGAGUAGAUUUUACAGAUACAGCUCGGAUUGCGUACCCAGAAACCUGUAUAAACUUAGAAGAAGCAUAUAGAAAGCCUGGAUGGGAUACCACCCCGUCUUCAUUACAGCCCGUCACCCCUGUUGUGGAAUCAUCAUGCUUUUGGGGCUUGGGCAAUAAUAGCUUGAAGUUUUUAUUGAAAGUAGUUAUUCCGUCUAAAUGAAAGGGAAGUUGAACAAUGACAAGUAAUAGCGAAAGUGCUUUGCAUUAAAUAGAAUAUGAAUCUGUGUUUAGGAUGAUCCACAUCUGCAUAUCUCUUUUAAACGUGGCUUGAUAUAAACAAGUUCAAGUCCUAUUCUGGCCUGUCCUCAUUUUCAUCUCGAUUCAGUAGUUUUAUUAAUUGAAUAAUUUCAUUGGUCAAUAUUAGUUGGAAGUACCUUUUAAUCUCAUGAUUGAUUGUACCAUGCAUCCAGAUGAGUCUCCUUUCGGUAGUUUGGUUCUUCAUCAUGCAUUUUCAGAUUCAUAUAGGUAAUGGUUGUAUAAUUUUGGUGUUAUAGAGACUUUUGCUCUGUGGAAUUGACUAGGUAAAAGAGAAACUUGGUGGCAUGUGAGAUUCUUUUAUCUUUUCCAUUCGAUGUUAGAUGCUAGACACAUUGUUGUGUCUUUUUACUAUGGUCAUUAUUUAUAUCUAUAAAGUUGAUAAAUAAAUUAUUAAAAUGAUGUAUCUGGAUUUUGUCCUUGAACUUGAUGUUGUCCUGAUAAAAUUCAUUUUUUAUGUUUCUUCAUUUCCUUUUAUAAUUAAGCAGUCUUUUCCGAAAAGUUAUUCGGCCCAAUUAUGCAUUCAUUUCAGGGGUUCCUUAGGCUUUGGUGAGGAAGCUUUGCAAACUCUUCCUGGCAAAAUUGGUUCCCAGGUUUUCUGUUUUUUCUUGACAUGGCUAUGCUUUUACUGUAGUUUUUCUCUCAAGAGUUUAUUUCAAACCUUAACUGUUCUUGUAGGAUGUCGGAGAUGUGCUUAAAGCCAUUGAUCAUGUCAUCGAGACUAAACUGGCUGAUCCAUCAAAAAUAGCUGUUCUUGGUGGGUCACAUGGUGGUUUUUUAACAACUCAUUUAAUUGGCCAGGUUGGUUUUUUUUUCAGGACUCUUCUCUGUUUAUUCUACUUUUCACUAAAAAACUUUUUAAAUUAUUGUUGGCUGUUUGUUGAGGACGCUGAUUAUUGUCGCAAUGUGAUUAAAUAGCCUUCCCAAAAAUGAUUUUCACGUUAUAUUCUUAUGGCAUGAAGUCAUGUAAGCCUAUUUAAAGACAAUAUAACAUUAAUGAUGAAGUUCUCUGACAUUGUGUCUCAUGUGAUCGUCAUGUUUUGAUCUUGAUCCCUACGAAGACAUAGGUUUCACAUUCAAACAUAUGCAUCUCUGUACCAUUUCAGUUUCCUUCAAAUGAUCUCAUCUCGUUCACGGAGGCCUUUUUGGGUAGUUUUAAACAUAUCUCUCGUGGAUGGAAUUGUGCACCGAGUUUGGGAAAAAAAAUCUUUUUCGGGGAUCUGACCCGAAUUUUUACUAUGGGUAAGUUUUUUAUUUGGCUUUUUGCCGAAAACAAAUGGAUAAAUGAUUUCCUGUUGCACGGCAUAGAGCAGUGACAGGUUGAAUAAAUAACAGGAUUGUAGUCAUGAUCAAGUGUUAUCAGGGCAACAUAUUAUCUAUUUUAUUAGUGGGAAGAAACUUAUAAUUAAGGGUUAGGCUGUUGGUCAAUCUCCUAAUUUGGUUUAGUAUCCUGUAAAUCGUGGGAUUCAGCCAAGGUUGUUCUCAUUUUAUGAUGACGGGGUAAUGGUACACGACAAGAAAUUGUUCUAUGAAUUGAUACGUCAGGAAAAUUUCCCCACUCCUAAUUUUAUUCUUGUUGGGUUUGCAUCAGGCCUUUGCUAGUGAACACUUCUAUACCCAUAAUUAAUUUUUCUAGUUUCCUUUGCUUGAGAUUGCUGGUAAAGACUGAAAGGCAGCCCUUAGUUCUUGAUUUGUAAUGAAAGAAAUAUUUUACCAUUUUCAUGGAUGAGAUCAUCAGUACAAGUGAAAGGCGUGCCUCAGUUGUUGAUAUGGAUUGAAAAAAAUAUAUAUAUAUUUCUGUCAUGUCUAAGUUGUUGGCCUAGAUUGAAACAUAAUCUGAUCAAUGCUAAAGAUUCAAAGUUAUUAUUUAUUCUUUGUAUCUUUUAAUUUAAUCCAUUCAUUUAUGUUAGCUCAAAGCUUCUCUGAAAUAUUUUAUUUCUGUGGACUCGUAUUAUCAAGGCUCCAGAAAGGUUCGCUGUUGCUGCCGUUCGAAAUCCUGUUUGCAAUCUCUCUUUAAUGGUUGGUACUACAGACAUUCCUGACUGGUGCUAUGUGGAGACCUACGGCAAAGAUGGUAAAGAUCACUUCACAGAGGCUCCCUCGGUGGAUCAGCUGGGUGAUAUGUAUUCAAAAUCUCCUAUUUCGCAUAUCUCCAAGGUACCCUUUUGGAUUAUUUCUUUCAUUUUAACCGGUUGAUUCCCUGGUAUGGAAAUUGCUACAAUGCUGGGAACUUUUCAGCGGCUAGCAUCAAACUUUUAAUCUUUAGAUGAGGAUAUUCCAAUGGAGGGAUUUUAUAGCAUGUUCUUGUGGGGCUAUCUCAAGCAAUUUUUAAUAUAUUUUAGCGAAGCUGAAGGAAAAUGUGAUGCGGGUGAUUUAAUUUUCCAAUCUUGAUUCCAAAAGAAUAGCUCUCCGGUGUGUGUUAUGUGAUUUCGAAGCACUUUUCAGGUGAAGACUCCUAUUCUUUUUCUCCUCGGAGCACAGGAUCUUCGAGUUCCGGUCUCUAAUGGCUUGCAGGUUUGGACAUUAAUUAGGCUGAAAUUACUUCGUUUCAGAUGCCCUUUUUUUUUUUUUGGUUCAUUUUGGUACCCAAUACUUUCUCUACCGUAUAUGUUCUUGAAUGAUUUACGGGUCCAAAAUCUUUUAGGAACCCAUUCAAGUCGAGUUAUGAAUGAUUUCUCCUGAUACUUGAUUGCUUCAAAUCUAUUUCUCACUCAAACUUGAAAAAUCAUUUUGGAUAAUUAAUUAGUUUGGUGUUCUCACAAAUAUGCUUGGCAGUAUGCGCGAGCCCUGAAGGAAAGAGGAGCUGAGGUCAAAGUGAUCGUAUUCCCUAAAGAUAUCCAUUCAAUCGACAGGUCAUUCUUUCUUCUCAUCUCAACCCUCUCUUUUUUUUUGUUUAGUUUUCCUAAUUUUCCAAGAAGUGAUUCGACCUACCGAGAAAUGAUUCCCUCUCUUGCAGGCCACAAUCUGAUUUUGAAAGCUUUGUAAAUAUCGGUGUUUGGUUCAAGAAAUUCUGUAGAUGA